GCGGGGCUGGGGGACCCGGGCGUGGGGGCGGUCGGCGCGCCCGCACCUACGGAACGCAGUCCGUCCUGCCGCCUGACAGGGCCCGGGCCGCCGCUGGGUUCGGGCGGGGGGCAAGGGCGCUGGCAGCCCCCGCCUGCGACGCGGCCGGACCGAGACGGAGAGGAGGGGCCUCCAGCUGCAGCAAAUGAGCGAGGGCUGCCAGGUUUAUAAAUCUGCUUUUCCUAGCGCCGUCCCCGAGCCCCGCUGACUCCGGCGGCAGCGACUGCCGGCUGCGGCUCCGCCAGGAUUAUGUGGUACUGAUGUCAAAGCCUGCUUCUUACCUCUUUCCAGAAAGGACGUUUUUCUGACGGCUUCCCAGCUCUGGAGUGUGCAGGAGGCUCUGAAGGGUGGCAGCAUCAUUUAUUUCUCUGGCAAAACAGAAGAAUGCACUCAGUCACACUUCUCAGCAGCUCUGCAGCCUGUGGAGUGUGUGGGCAGUCUCUGUAUGCAGCAUCCUGGAAAAUGUGCGUUCUCUUGAAGUGAUCUGCUGAAAAGCACGUACUUGUACAGUUGUUCCAGCCUCCCUUGUGGUGUUGCUCUCAAGAGGUGAAAUGCCUGGUCUCUAAUACUCCCUGGGGUCUCCAUUUCAUCUGUCAAAGAAACGCUGCCUGCUGCAGUUACUCCAGUGAACCCCGAAGAGCAGGGACACUGAAGAUGGCUCUGUGUGCUUUUUAUGCAGUUUGGGGUUUGUUGCUAGAAGUGGCAAUAGCAUUUGGCCCAGUGCCAAGGAUCACUUGGGAACACAAAGAGGUCCAGCUAAUACAUUUUAAUGAAUCAAAAGUGUCAAACUAUUCAACCUUGCUGUUAAGUGAAGACAAAAACGUUCUAUAUGUAGGAGCCAGGGAAGUGAUCUUUGCCUUAAAUGCAGUGAAUAUUGCUGAGAAGCAGCAUGAGUUACACUGGAAGGUCACAGAAGAUAAAAGGACUAAAUGUGCAAUUAAGGGCAAAUCAGAACAGACAGAAUGUCGUAAUUACGUGCGUGUCUUGCAACAGCUGAAUGAUACUUUCCUCUACGUGUGUGGAACUAAUGCAUUUCAGCCAACGUGUGAUUACCUGAAUUUAAUUUCAUUUGAACUUGGAGGUAAAAAUGAAGAUGGUAAGGGCAGAUGUCCAUUUGAUCCUGCUCAAAGCUACACAUCUGUUAUGGUUGAUGAGGAGCUUUAUUCUGGGACUUCCUACAAUUUCUUGGGAAGUGAACCUAUUAUUUCACGUCACUCUCAUCAGAGCCCUCUGAGAACAGAGUAUGCAAUACCUUGGCUUAAUGAGCCCAGCUUUGUUUUUGCUGAUGUGAUAAGAGCAGAUCCAAACAGCACAGAUGGAGAAGACGACAAGAUAUACUUCUUUUUCACUGAGGUGUCUGUGGAGUAUGAAUUUGUUGGAAAACUGAUGAUUCCAAGAAUAGCUAGAGUAUGCAAGAGGGACCAAGGAGGAUUAAGGACCUUGCAAAAAAAAUGGACUUCGUUUCUCAAGGCCAGACUGAUUUGUACCAUCCCUGAUAAGAAUUUAAUUUUCAAUGUUAUCAAUGAUGUUUUUAUUCUCAAAUCUCCAACUUUGAAGGAACCAGUGAUAUACGGAGUCUUCACCCCACAACUGAAUAAUGUGGGGUUGUCAGCAGUGUGUGCAUACAAUCUGUCUACUGUAGAAGAGGUUUUCUCAAAAGGAAAAUACAUGCAGAGUGCUACAGUGGAACAGGCUCAUACAAAGUGGGUACGAUACAAUGGGGAAAUUCCGAAUCCUCGACCUGGUGCGUGUAUAAACAAUGAAGCCAGAGCAUCAAACUACAUGAGUUCUCUGAAUUUACCAGACAAAACAUUGCAGUUUGUUAAAGAUCAUCCUCUGAUGGAUGACUCAGUGACCCCAAUGGGAGACAGACCUCGCCUAGUAAAGCGAGAUGUGAAGUAUACACAGAUUGUUGUUGACAGAGUCAGAGCACUCAAUGGCACCAUCUAUGAUGUUAUGUUCAUUGGUACAGAUCGAGGAGCCCUGCACAAAGCUAUCAGCUAUGAAAAUGGAAUGCAUAUUAUUGAAGAAACACAGCUUUUUCCAAAUUUUGAGCCAGUCCAAACUCUCUUGAUUUCAUCCAAAACAGGCAGAAGAUACCUCUUUGCUGGUUCAAAUUCUGGUGUGGUGCAGUCUCCAGUGGCAUUUUGUGACAAGUAUACCACUUGUGUUGACUGUGUUUUAGCAAGGGAUCCUUACUGUGCUUGGAAACCCCUUGAAGCUUCCUGCAUUGAUAUUUUUAAAGAAGGUGAAAUGGAAAGGAACUGGAUUCAAAACAUAGGUGGAGAUGCAUCUUCGUGUUCUGAUAAAGUAAGAGAGAAUCCCCUACAGCAUACAUUCAAGCAUGGGAGCACAGCAGAACUCAAGUGUUCUCAAAAGUCCAAUCUGGCACAGGUAGUUUGGAAGUUCAAAGAUGACGUGCUGAGAGUGGAGAGUCCCAAGUACCGUCUGCUGGAGAAGGCAUUGCUCAUCUUCAAUUUAUCAGAAGGAGACAGUGGUGUUUACCAAUGCUUGUCAGAAGAAAAAGUGAAAAAUAAAAAAUUUUCUCAAGUGCUAGCUAAGCAUGUUUUGGAACUGAAAAAAAUGCAGCAUACCACAGUGGGCCCCACUGCAACAGCUGCACCAACAGAAGCCUCAUCUCCUAUACCUUUCCCUCCUACUGGUACCUCCUUUUUGUCCUGUGUGGGAAGUGAUUCACCUCCUUCACCCACCCGUACCCAGCCUGAUGUUUGGUCUAGCAAAGACCCCGUAAAGGUCAUGUUGUUGCCACCUUUCCUAAGUGACCAGGCACAGCAUGUUAGUGUCCGGGGACCCUUCCACCUCUUCUGCCAAGCCACAGCUGUCUGGAAACUCAGCAGGAGUUGGUGAGUUCUUUUACUCAUCUCUUACUCAUCCCACAUGUUUUUACCUGAAAGCUCGCCUAAGGAUAAGACUUUACAACCUCGUAACUGGCUCAUUUCCAUAAGGUAAAGUUAAGUGGAUACAGCACAAACAGCACUUCUGGCAUACUGCUACAUUUUUUCUGAAGAAUAAGUUUUUUCAAGCAUGGAAUACUCCUCCUCUUCUGUAAAAUGGAGGAAUAAAGCUCCCUUGGUUUGUGUCUACUCCCCCAGAGAGUGUCACAUUUCUCCAGACACAUGUCUGUUGUAUGUGCAUGGGGAAACAAGUUUCCUGUGUACUUUCUCUAAUCCAAAUUUUCUCUCCCAUUACAGAAUUUUAAAAACUUGUGGAGGCAGUUCAGGCAAGUUUCAAAUAAAUUGAACAAAACACUACACUAUCUGGUUCAGGGCAGAGACAGUGAGUUGGUGAUGCACACACCUGCUGUAUAAUUUCUCUGGUGUGCUCUGUUGAAACUAGGUAUAGUAAGAACAGGUUUUUUUCCAGACUUUUGGUUCCACUCAAAGGUGUUUUACUGGCACCUCCUCCCCCAGCUUUAGAGUAGUAUCUCCAUGUCCAUAAUUUCAGAGAAAAAAUUAAAAUAUGGUGAGUGUGCUGUGCAUUAUUUUAAACACUUUUAUAAUCAAACACUGCAAAACACUGUGCUUCACCUGCAGAUCAAGCCUCUCUCUGUCCAUGGUGUCAAGAUGACUCCUUUAAUUCACCUGUAGCUGGAGGUUUUACAUACUGGAUUAUUUUAAUUCUUGGUAAAAAAAGCCCCAGUAGUGUGGACAUAAAAGUGAAUUUGGAAGUACGCUUUCAAGGAGUUACUAUUUCUUGGAGAUACUGAGAUGGGUAUUUGGUAACAUACAGUGCCUGUUCCCUGUGGUUGUGCUAUUUUAGAAGGUGUACAAGUUUCCCACAUCAUGGAAGAAAAGAUCCGUAACUUGCAAGAAUCAGAAUUGUAAGUAGUUUACACUAGAGAUUCCUGUUUGGUGGAGCCUGAAGUUGCACUAAGAGACAUGCAGAAGGGUGGGGAAAUUUUUUUUCCCCAGGAGGAGGAGGAGGUCACCUGUCAGACUGACUUACCCAUGGAAAUGAGUAAUUAAUUCUUGGGUGAGGUUUUUUUACAUCAUUUGCAUGAUUGCAUCAGCCCUGGUGCCCUGGGGUGGUCUGGUCUGGUGUGGAGCCCAGUCUGGAGAGGCACGGAGGUGUGCAUCAGCCAGAGCAGAAUGAGCCUGCCUCGGAAUGUUCUUUGUGUGGGACAGAGUGUUUCUCUGGGAUGGCAAAUGACAGCAUUUAAAUUACAGCGUAUCAGUAUCUCACAUUGACUUUACUUGGGUUGUUACUUUUUUGUUCUUAUAAGAAUAUCAAAUAGCAAUUUUUCAUACACUUGUGUUUUAUAACCAGUUGAAGUUGGUAAGUGGCUCUUCAUUACAGCUAUGGAGAGAUACAGUGUUUUGAAAUGUGAGAAUGGUUUAAUUGAUAGCCUUGAAAGGAAAAGCUCUGUGUCUUCUGGGACAAAUCAAUCCACUGCACAAAUAUUUCAACACCUCAGAAAAUUUUCAGAUUUUUAUGCAGUAUAUUUUGAGAUACUUUGAGGUUUAAACGUGAUGCUUUCCUGAAGCAAUACCCAUGACUUUAAUUUCUGUGCUUAAUAAAUGGCUGGUUUAUCUUCCUGUGGGUAAGUUUGCACCUUGUUAAACAAUUUCAUAUCCCACUUCAUGAAUUGUCUUCUCAACAGACCUUGGGUGUUUUACACAUGCUAUUUGACUUAAUUUCACUGUAUUUGGCUAUUUAUCUCAUAGCUCUUAAUUUGUAAUUUUGUGGUUUUGUACCUUUUUUUUCCAGUGAUUUUUGCACUGACUAUACAGUGCUUAACAGAACUGUGGCACUAUCAGACCUUUCCUGUGUGCAGAUCUCUGACAUGCCACCUGUUUAUUAUUAUUUGGGAUGCAUUUGGAAGACAAGUUGAAAAAUUAAGGUUGUCCCUUUAACAUAUAACAGAAGAGAACUUUGAAGUUUUAUAAAAUUGGGUAGAUAUUGCAGAUCUAUUUUUCAUAAAACUCACAUUAAAAAAAAAACCUUUGUUAAUUUAGUUGUGAUAUCUUAGUGUAAUUUUCUGACUACAAUGCUGGCAUUUAUUUUUUCAGACAUGGGGUGUGCUGAGGCCCUCAUAGCUAAGUCUGCAUGCAAAACCAACAGCAUUAAACACCUUUGUAAGUGCUGUGGUUACCUGAGCUCUGAUGUGAGCUUUAUAGUGACUUCUGUAAUCAAAUUGAAAAUUAAUUUUUAUUAGUUGCAUGGAUGAUGCAUUCUUAAAUUCUGGCACCAGCAAGAGAUUUUGAAACAUUUCUGUAAAACUUUGCUUUGCUGUGCAGUAUUAUGUGGAAAGACUGUCGUCGAGGUAGGAGAUAAGUGGAAAGGUAUGCAACAAGAAUGCCUUUUCAUUUUUUUGUUGUUGUUGCUUUUGGGAUUACUUUUUGUUGUUUGUUUUGUUUUAUUUUAACUUUAUAUUAGUUGUCCAUUAAAGACAAGAAUUAAGUUCAGUGUAAAAAUAAUUUAAUCAUAAGGCAAAUUAAAAAGCAUCAGGCAUCAAAUUUAAAAAGGGGAGAGCAAGAAAAAGAAGUAGAACCAAAAGUGUCUUGGUUUUUUUUCUCAGAAGAUUUGUUAAUUUAUUGUUUUCCUACAUUUCACAGUGUGUGGCUGACUGCACUCGUACAGGUUUUUCCUGCGGAAUGAGUAAUAAGGUGCAGUUCGGAAACACGUGGCUUUUGGUAGUUUAUAAAUGAUUAAAACAUAAAGAAAGAUCCCAGAGUACCCUGGGAGAUUCAGUCCACGUAGACUAGCAGCUGCAGCCUGCAGUAGUUGCUGCUGUUGUGGUGUGCGUGGAGCACUUGAGGCUGCACGGCUGCUGCAGUGUCCCCUGCACAGCAGUUGGUGUUCUGUGCACUCACCACUCUGUCCUACAGGCUGCGUCUCGUCUCAGCACAGGGCUGGGGGAAAUAAAGCCUUUGCAUGGUUUUCAGAGCUUUCCACUGGUAAAAACCCCAGUUUUUACCCUCACAGAGUUUGAAUAAGUCACCCUUUUGAGAGAGCAACUUGUCAAAAACUCUGUUGAGGCCAAGGGAAGGAGCUUUUACCUCUGUGCAGGAGUGCCUCUGUGAAGCAGCAGCUUUGCUGAUCAGUUGUCUAGUUCAGCUUUUCAGCUUGCUUGGGGAUUGGGUGCUACAUGGGGUGUCCCCAGAGACAAACUGCCUGGGUCACAAAAUGGGCAGUAUUGUCCAUUUGAAUUUAAUGUACACAUUUUUGGGAGACUGAGGGAGCAGAAUCCGCACCAGCUUUUGUAGUGUGAUUAGGUAUGUACAAAAGGAGAAGCUUGCUUCACACUGGGGACUUUAAGAUCCAAAUGCCUUUUGGGUUGUCUUCUCAGGAGAGCGAGGGACUCACUUAGGUGUGUAUUUUGUUCUCUGUACCAUGUGCUUGUAGAAGUUUACCUGAUCUCCCAGUUUAGCCUUUCUUUUUUUGCAGUUCAGCGUAAAUAUUUCAACUUUUUCUCCUUGCUAAUGUGGAACUUGAUUCAGUAAUGUCUUAGCUUGAAGCAGUACCCUUGUAAUGACUGCUACACCCUGGCCAUGAUUGAGCAGCUGUAUUUCCCAGCCUUGCCUAGUGAGAUGGGAUGGGUUUGGACUGGUACUGGAAUCUGGACCGUAACCCAAAUUUUAUGCUGUUUUACUCAGAACAUCCUGUUACCCCCUGCCAGGCAGGAUUGCAGCCUGACUACCUGUACACUUGUUUUUUCCUGAUGAGAGCUACAGCCUGUACACUUGUAAAUAAUCCAUUGGUGUGGUGGCUGAGUACUAAUUUAGACCAAAGCUGUCAUCUUUAACUAUUUCAGCAGAAACUGCUACCAGAACUGUCUCAGCAUAUUGUGUGCGUUGUCCCCACAGUGAAGAUGACAAUCUCACUUCCAUCUCUUCAGUCAUCUUCCUGCUAGAUCUACCUGUCAGACAAAGCCAAAGUAGUAGUUUGUGUUCUCUGGAGAACAGAAGUGAUUUUUUGGAGAGCAUGUUGUUACUCCUUAAAAUAUGUUAUUCAAUUUUCUUUGCUUUAUUUUAAAACCUAACAUAGUAGUUUUGUUAGCUGAUAGGAUGACAGAAAAAAAUAAUUAGGCAAACACAAAGUGCCAGGGGAAGUUUAGGCUGGACAUCAGGAAAAAGUUCUUUACAGAAAAGAGUGAUUGGGCAUUGGAAUAGGCUGCCCAGGGAGGCAGUGGAGUCACUGUCCCUGGAAGUGUUUAAGGAAAGACUGGAUGUGGCACUUAGUGCUGUGCUCUAGUUAAUAAGGUGGUGUUAGGUUAUAGGUUGGACUUGAGGAUCUCUAUGGUCUUUCCCAACCUAGUGAAUUCUGUGAUACGGUGAAAGUGGAACCUAAUUUUGUUUUGUCUUGGUUUUUUUUGUGGCAGUCCCUGGUCCUAGCUUACUAGUGCUUAAUAAUUUUUUUUUUUCCCCACAGACAAUUAUCCAGGUUCCAAUUGCAAAACCUUUUUUUGGACACUCUCAGCAUCUGAAUAAAUGCAUGACCAGUUACAAAUUGAAUUUUU